AUGUUUCUCUUCAACAAGAAGGUCCGCUCUUCCCACAGAGCCCUACUUGUCUGCGUCAGAAGGCUCCGGCAGACGCAGGGACUGCCUGCCCGAGCCUCCUCCCUCACACUGGCCGAGUGUCUGCAAUGUUUCGUGGGAGCCAUCUUCUACGUGGGCAAGGGGACCCGUGCCCGGCCGGAUGCCCACCUCUGGGAAGCCCUCGGCUACCGUGAACACCCAGGGAAAAAUGCCUGUCCCAAGGUACGCCGGAUCUUAGACAUCUGGGCCAGCGGCCGCCGUGUCCUUUCCCUACACUGCUUCCAGCACAUGGUGGCCAUGGAGGCGUACACGCGGGAGGCCUGCCUGUUGGACGCCCUAGGUAUCCAGACACUGACCAACCAGAAACAGGGCCACUACUAUGGAGAGGCUGCCUACUGGCCACCCACGAAGCGGCGGCGCUUGGGGGUGUAUCUGCUGCACUGCGCUCUGCUAGUUUUCCUGGCUGAGGGGGAAGGAGAGCUGAGGCCGCAGGACAUCCAGGCCCGAGGCUGA